AUGCGCUUCUCCAGCACUCUCGGUGCUAUUUGCUUGUUGGCGACUAUCGGUCAAGCAUUGCCUCUCAACCCUCUGGAUUCUACACCAUCCCCCAACGUCGAGAAGCGUUCGUGCAGCCUUAUCUGGUUCGAACGCAAUGGAUGCAACUUCGAUGUUGCUGAGAUUGAGACGAAACGCGAUGUUGCUGAGACUGAAGCCGAGGUCGCUCCAGCCGUUGAGAUUGAGGUCGCCCCCGUAGUUGUGAAGCGUUGCAGCUUUUUCCAGGCCAUAACCGUUGGAGCGUUGGAUGCAGCUCCGUGGAAGGCGAGACUGAGGUAG